GGCGGAUCGUCCGUGAUUGGUCGACGAGUUGAUACGCCCGAUACGCGCGUAUCGCGAUACGCGCCAUGGGACGGCACCCUAAAGCUGAAAUUUCAUGCGAGCGAAGAAAAGCUGGCUUUUACCCCCUCUCAUCGAUUUUCGAUGAAAAUGGCUGAUUCAGCGAAAACACGCUGACCACGCUGAAAAGUUCGACUCAUUCGAACAUUCAGCUUUCAGCUGAAAGUUCACGGUCAAACGCGGGGUCGAUAGAAUAUUAAUAUUCAGAAAAAUUGAAAUAAAUACGAAAGAAAUAGAAGCAAUGGAUGAAGAAACUGUAUCGGUACCGUACACCUGUGGUGUGUGCGAAACUACUUUUGAUAAAACAGAAUUAUUGAAACAUCCUUGUUUGCUAGAUUAUAACAAGUGUCAAAUAGAUGCAAAUUUUUAUGUUUAUCCUGCACUCGAUGAUGGAAAAAUUCUACAUAAGAGUUUGGUGGAUAGUGCAGAGAUUAUUGUUACGGAAACCAGCAAAGUCCCAAACCAAAAGACUAAUGCAAGUAAUUGGCGAAAUAUAAGGAUUAUAGAAGAGGAACGUUUAAUCGACGAAAUUUGUAAACGUCCGCCGUUAUGGAAUUUUAAACUUCCCCUUAUCGAAAGAAGCCUGCAAAUAAAAAAAAAACUGUGGGAAGAAGUAACAGAAGCAAUGGAUGGUAAAAUGGACAUUAUAACUAUUAAAAAAAGAUGGAAAUAUCUGUGCGAUACUUUCCGAAACCAUAAAAAUAAGCAGCAUCAGCCUAGUGGCUCGGCAGGAAUAUCGCGUCAAAAAAACUGGAUACAUUACGAACGGAUGCAAUUUCUUGACGAUGUACAACUUGAAAGCGA